AUGGAGGUAAACAUCUUACAUAGAAACCCAGAGGAAUAUAAAAAUAAUAAGGGGACGUCCAAUUACAAACAUGUAAGAAGCUUUGAUAAGAAAAUUCAUUUAUUUCAAAGAGAAAUAGAAUAUAAGAGAGCUUUGAAUGCAACAAAAAUGGAUAAAAUAUUUGCAAAGCCAUUAAUAAAAUGUUUAGAUGGACAUGAUGAUUCUAUAAAAAGUAUUUGUGUAUCGAAUAAAAACUUGAGUGAUUUAUAUAGUGGUAGUUGUAAUGGCAUAAUAAAUAUAUGGAAUGUAUUAGAUAAAAAAUUAAUAAAAAAAAUAAAAGCCCAUGAUGGAUUUGUUCGUAGCCUAUGUAUGAGUCAUGAUGAAAAAUUUCUAUUUAGUUGUGGUGAUGAUAAAUAUAUAAAACAAUGGGUUAUUCAUAAAAAUAAAAAUAUAAAUGAUAUAAUAAAUGAAGAACAAAAUAAUAUAGAUCAAGAACACAAUGAUAUAUCACAAAAAUCAAAUUAUAUAUAUGAACGACAAAAUGAAAAUGACUUCGAUUAUUUAGAAAAAGAAAAUGUUCCAAAAAAAAUUUAUGUAUGUAAAAACGUUCCUAAUAGUAUAGAUAAACAUUUCUCAGAAAAUCUUAUAGUUUCAGGUAGUCAAACAUUAGAUGUAUGGGAUUAUUAUAGAAAUAAUGCAAUAUCAAGUUUUGAUUAUAACAACGAAUAUAUAUAUUAUGUGAAAUGUAAUUAUGCUCAAACAAAUUUAGUAGGAUUAACACUCUCUGAUAAUUCUAUAGGUAUAGUUGAUAUAAGAAAUAAAACACCUAUUAAAAAAUUAUAUCUAAAAUAUAGAAGUAAUUCAUUAAGCUGGAAUAAUAUGAAUCCUAAACAAUUUAUAAUUGCUAAUGAAGAUUCUAAUUUAUAUUCUUUUGAUAUGAGAUAUUUAAAAACAGCUUAUCUUGUUCAUAAAGGUUUUGUUAAUGCAGUACUAGAUGUAGAUUUCUCACCUAUAGGGAAUAAAUUCGUUGCAUGUUCUUAUGAUAAAACUGUUAGAUUAUUUAAUUCAGAUGAACCUACGAGUUAUGAUGUAUAUCAUACUAAAAGAAUGCAACAUGUUCUAUGUUGUAAAUUUAGUCAAGAUGCUAAAUAUGUAUUUACAGGCAGUAGCGAUAUGUCCCUACGAAUAUGGAAAACCAUUUCUCAUGAACCAUCAGGAAUCUUAUCUAAUAAAGAAAAACAAGCCAUCAAUUAUAGAAAUAAAUUAAAAGAUAAAUUCGCAUCACUAAAAGAAAUUAAAAGAAUAAGACAACAUCAUCAUGUACCAGCAUUAAUAAAAAGCUUGUCUGAUAAAAAAAAAGUCAUGCUCGAAGCAAAAAAGAGAAAGGACAACAACAAAAUUCAACAUUCAAAAAAUCCAGAGCAGUUACCCAUGCCAGAGAAAAAAAAAAUUUUUGUCACAGAGCAAUAA